CGCAAGCGCACUGAGGUCUACCAUAGCGCUAAACUGGGCUCGAUUCUCUGCGGUCCGAGCUCCAUCCCGGGCUCCAGGGCUCCCGGGGAGUGAGGCGCGCAACAUGGAAGAGCGGUUAGCCGAAUUCCGAGCGGCCCGAAAACGGGCGGACCUGGCGGCCGAAGCCGGCACUUCGAGCCAGAGUGCACAAACCUCGGGAAGGAAGGCGGAAGCAACUGCAACUCCAAAGUCAGCUCUGGGCUGGCUAAAACUGUUCCUGAUGUGGAAACGGAGGCCCGCAAGUUCCCAGGCCCAGCCCAGCCUCACUCAGGAGGCCUCUCAGCCUGGGAGCAGCACAUCACAGCCCCCACGGAGAACAGCCAUUCCCCCGCCAUUGCCACAGGACCAAUCCUUCCUGACCAGCAUCACUUUCUUGAAGGUUCUUCUCUGGUUGGUCCUGCUGGGACUGUUUGUGGAGCUGGAAUUUGGCCUGGCUUAUUUUGUCCUGUCCUUGUUCUACUGGAUGUAUGUUGGGACACGGGGCCCUGGGGAGAAGAAGGAGGGAGAGAAGAGCGCCUACUCUGUGUUCAACCCAGGCUGCGAAGCCAUCCAGGGCACCCUGACUGCAGAGCAGUUCGAGCGAGAGUUACAGUUUAGACCCCUGGAGGGGAGAUAGGGCCAGCUGCGUGUUAUCAGCUAGCCUCCCAGCAACUCAGCCCUCCUGGCACGUGGCCUGGUGGGUUUGUUCAGGUGUCCCAGAUUAAGGACAAUUUGUAAGUUAUUCCUUUGACCAUACGGUUCUACCUGCUUUCCCUCAUCUUCUGCUGCAGUUCCAUCUCUGAACUUCUCUGGUUUUGGUGAAAAUCCCUGAAAGACACUCACUGUAGGUCUGAUGCAAUUUAUAAAAACUAAAUACUCAAAAGGAGACUUGUCUGUCUCAUUAUUUUGAGAGAGAUGAUUUUAGAGCACUAGAAAGGCACUGGGGAGAUAACUGUAAAACAUCCAGCUGUUUGUUUUAAUGGCCAGGUCCGUCAGGAUUGUGCAUUAAAAGUAAAUGUUCUCUUUAAGUCUUUUCAUAGUUACAGCAUUUUACUUCCUGAAAGGUUUAAGUUGCAAGUUUUGAUUGGGGGGGGGGCUUGUUUUGUUUUUUCCUUCCUGUUUUGUUUUGCUUUUUU